AUGCCUGUGGUCAUGGAAGACAGUCGUGGUGUGCUUCGUUACCUGCUGGUGUUCUCAGCCUACACCAACCUGGGCAAGAUACUCCAGAACACUUUCAAUGACAAUCAUGAAUGGCUUCCCCAGUGUGGACACCUUCUUCUUCCUGAGUGGGCUUCUCGUCUCCUACAGUGUGCUGAGGGAGGCCAGGAGGACCAACAGCUUCAAUGUGCUUCUCUUCUAUGUCCACAGAUUCAUGCGCCUGGUCCCCCCAUUGGCCUGACGGUGGGUCUUUAUGCCACUGUGAUGCGGUUCCUGGUGGGAGGACCCAUUAGUUUUAUAUGGGACCUUGCAUUCUACCCAAACUGUCAGAAGUACUGGUGGAGGGACAUCCUUUUCCUGGAUAACUUCUACUUCGGUGAUCCUGUGUGUGUGGGGCAGGCCUGGUACCUGGGGACAGACAUGCAGCUCUACCUGGUGGCUCCACUUAUCAUCCUCCCUCUCUACUUCCUCAAGAAGUAUGGUAAGGCUUGGCUGUUCCUGCUGACUGCUGCAUCUGCCAUCAUUCCUGCUGCAAUCAUUUACCAGUACAACCUUCCUCCUACAUCUCUCUCCAAUCCUUUAGUUACGUCAGAAAUGAGUAAUGACUACUUUGACAAGAUUUAUGCUCCCCCUUGGACUCGUGCUAGCCCCUGGUUGGCUGGUGUGUGGCUGGGCUACAUCUUCUACCGACAAGGCAAUACCAGAUACAAGAUGAAUGCUCUGACUGUCACAGUGGGGUGGACGUUGGCUGCAAUCACCGGGCUACUGGUGGUGUUUGGCAUGUUCAGCUACAACAGGGUGGUGGUGCCCAUGCCCCUAUGAGGUGAUGACGCAGGUGGUGUAUGGCGGUGGGCACCGGCUGGCCUGGGGCGCUGUGCUGGUGUGGGUGGUGUUUGCGUGUCACAAUGGAUAUGGAGGUUUGGUGGACGGGUUCCUGUCUCACCCUGUGUGGCAGCCCGUGAGUCGCCUCACCUACACCACCUACCUGCUGGCGCUGCCCCCUGCAGAGCAUCCUCCACUACAACACAAGCCAAGGCGGGGCCUACUACUUCACCCACCUCAAUACGAUCAUAUCCACGGUGGGAGCGGUGGUGCUGACACUGCCACUGUCCUUGCUGCUGUCCCUGCUUGCUGAGUCUCCCGUGGUGGGCCUUGAGAGACUGCUGCUGAGGCCCAGUCACAGCACACCGCGGCCUGCACCACCCAGUGAAGAGAAGGCUGCCCCACCACCCCCUGUCAACCCUGCCUUCCUUGAUGGCGAGAUGGCAAAGGAGGGCACCACCAUCACCACCGCCACUGCUGGCUUCUCCAACCCUGUGUUCACUGUGGAGGAAGUGGUGAAGGGAAGCUGAUGUGUGGGCGGGGAAGUGGCAAGGAAGUGAAGGAAAGCCUGACCAGGAAAGCCAUUACUGCUACUAUUAUGUACUACUACUACUAAUACCACUACCACUACUACUACUACUACUACUACUACUACUACUACUACUACUACUACUACUACCACCACCACCAAUACUAUUACCACUACCACUACUACUACUACUACUACUACCACCACUACUACUACUACUACUACUACUACUACUACUACUACUACUACUACUACUACUACUACUACUACUACUACUACCACUACCACCACCACUACUACUACUACUACUACUACUACUACUACUACUACUACUGAUAGUACUGUUAUAGUAAUCCAGAUCCUUUCUGGCCACUGGGUGGGAUCCAGCCAGCCAGCCAUGUCCCUCAGCUGUCACCUGUGUGCCACCACAGUGGCCAUGAAAUGUCUCUCACAUUGUUAAGUUGUAACUAAGUAUGUUCUAAUUGUCAAAUUCUACAAUAAGAUUGUAUGUAUUCAUAACUGACUAAGAUUUUUCAUGGGAAAAUAAUUAGUGAUGUCAAGAGAGGGAGAAAGAGAGAGAGUCUCAAAUUAUCCUGUGGAUUCAAUUGUUAUGAAAUCAUGAAAAAUACUAUUUUUCUCAUUG